AUGGACAACUCUACAGUAACAUUCAUCUUGACCUUGGUAGUCGCAUUUAUAUUCUUGAGAUGGUUCAUCUCUCCGGACUUGCCACAGCAGUCGGUGAAGAAGGGAGCUGUCAAGGCCAAAAAGGCAAAACGAACAAAGGCGGUGAAUGAAGAGGGCGUUGAAGAGGAAUCUUCUGAUGAGGAAUUCGACAUCCACAGCCCAAUGAACAACGUCAAGGCACGUGCCGUCUCCUCUAGCAUGAUCGAAGUCGUCCAGACCUUGGCUCCUCAGUUGACCGAGGCCCAGAUUCGCUGGGACUUGGAAAAUAACGGCGGUUCUGUUUCCCUCACGGUGGAUAAGUUCAUGGAGACGGGUAGUUUGCCAUUCCCCCCUGAUACUGCUCCUCAAGCCGCCACUGCCAGCAGGUCCGGUGACGAAGUAGCCGGCGACGGGGCUAAUGUGGCCAAGCGUUCCGGGCUGGAAAAAGCUAAAUCCGAGGAACUAACUCCAUCCACCACCGGCUGGUCGGACGAUAAGCAGGAGAGAUCCAAAUUGUUGCAGAAGAAGAGAGAAGAGAUGGUUGACAAGGCCAGAAAGAGAUUGGCCGCUCAGUUGGACGGUGCUUAG